UCGUGACUGUGAAGCUGUAGUUCACAGAUACCACCCGUUUUACCCUUCUGAAGUCCCAGCAAUUAGAAUACUUCCGGUUACCGGCAGAUUGUAUCUUUAGAAACUGGGAGCUGCUCUCCUGAAGUAACCCAGGGCGGCGGGAGCGGAUAACCAAAUCAUUACGAAAAAAAUCUGGAAAACUGUUGUUGGGUCUUAACAAGCCAAAGUGAAGGCUAGAAGCAAGCGGCGCACGAGUGCUGUGCAGCAAGCUCUGUUUGAAAGGUUUAGGAAAUUCGAGGUGGAUGUCAUUACUGAAGAUGCUGUCUGUGAUUUAUAAAGCCUGAACGUAAAAACAGUUUUAACGAAAAGCAGAACAUUGGGAAAUGAUUCAGUCUGCGUCUUCUGUGCAUUAUAACCGUUCAAAGAAAAAUCUGGACAAGUUUCAAAAAGUUGAGAGCACAUUCUUUUAUUUUUUUCCUGGAAGGGUUGUGAAUGAAAGAAUCUAGAACUGGCUGUCUGCAAGUCAGAAGCAACAGUCGGGAAAGAAGAAGGCGAUUUCUUUCCAUGUUCUGAUAACACAUGGGUCACCUAUUCUUAGAUUAAAAACAGAUUUAGACCUGUAUGGUCCCGGACUGACCCUAUUAUUUACUGCACUCUUUUAUAGGAUUCGUGUGGCUGCAGGACGCGCACACAUUUCACUUUCGCCAUCUGUACUGUGAAGAACAAGCAAGGGGAUUAGCGGGACAAUCUUGACUGAGUGAGAUCAGAACUGUGAAGCGUGGAGACUGUUUAAAAGCCUUUUUUGUUUUAUAUAGUGAAUAUAUAUCUCAGAACGCCAAGGUUGUCCUCCGUGAAGGUCCAUUAUGGCGUUGAUAAAGAAAAUGGACCUUAUUGUCGGAGUUGCUUUAGUUUUACAGUCUUUUGGAAAUGUUUUUCGGCUAACUCGGGGAGAAAGCACACCAGCAAAUGGAGUACCAUACAUGUAUGUCCAGGGAAUACCUUCCACGGAGGAGAGUAUUUCUGUAGAUGUAAAGCUUUAUAGUCACAGAUGGAAAAGACAGACCUGGCCAUCACAACCAAAGCCUAUGGAUAACAACAGAGCAAGCCAGGACCAGGAUACGUCUGACUCAGAGCGGCUCCCACUCAUGCCAUCUGAUGAGGAUAAUGACAAUAACACUCAAACAGAGGAAGAUUCAGAUCACAACUAUUACACAUCUAAAACAUAUGGACCAUCAGAUCCCAUGAGCCAGAACCUGUGGGUAAAUAUUGAUCAAAUGGAAAAGGAUAAAGUGAAGAUUCAUGGGAUUCUGUCAAAUACUCACAGGCAAGCUGCGAGAGUGAAUCUGUCCUUUGAUUUUCCAUUUUAUGGGCAUUUCCUGCGUGAGAUCACCGUGGCGACCGGUGGUUUCAUCUACACAGGCGACGUGGUCCACAGAAUGCUGACAGCCACCCAGUACAUUGCUCCACUGAUGGCAAACUUUGACCCAAGCGUCUCCAGGAAUUCCACUGUUAUUUAUUUUGACAAUGGCACGGCUCUGGUGGUUCAGUGGGACCAUGUUCAUCUACAAGACAACUACAGUUUGGGAAGUUUUACUUUCCAGGCUACACUGCACAGUGAUGGGCGCAUAGUUUUCGCUUACAAGGAGAUUCCAGUUAUGGUAACACAGAUAAGCUCGGUAAAUCACCCUGUCAAAGUGGGACUUUCAGAUGCAUUUGUGGUUGUCCACAGGAUCCAGCAAAUACCCAAUGUUCGCAGAAGGACAAUCUAUGAGUAUCACCGCGUGGAGCUUCCCAAGACAAAAAUCACAAACCUCUCUGCCGUCGAGAUGUUGCCCCUUCCCACGUGCCUCCAGUUCACAAGCUGCGGCCCUUGUGUCACAUCAGAAAUUGGCUUCAACUGUACCUGGUGUAACAAGCUCCAAAGGUGUUCCAGUGGAUUUGACCGUCAUCGCCAAGACUGGGUAGAUAGCAACUGUCCUGAUGAGGCUAAAGGAAAAAACUGUGAAAGCAUCGUAAACACCACACAGCUCUACCCCUUUACAACAACUAUAGCUCCUAAAACAUCACCAAGAAGCAGGAUCACCACGACAACCAGCACUUCAACCUCUACCUCUCACUUUCCAACCAGCAUCCCAACAGAAGAUGACACAAAGAUUGCACUACACCGGAAGGACAAUGGGGCCUCUCCAGCUGACAGCACAGCUGAACAGAAAGGAGGUAGACUACAUGCUGGUUUGAUAGUUGGCAUCCUAUUAAUCGUGCUCAUCUUGGCUGCAGCCAUCCUGAUUACUGUCUACAUGUACCACAAUCCCACAUCUGCUGCAAGUCUUUUCUUUAUUGAGAGACGUCCAAGCAGAUGGCCUGCUAUGAAAUUUCGCAGGGGUUCUGGACAUCCAGCUUAUGCCGAGGUGGAGCCUGUGGGUCAAGAGAAGGAAGGAUUUAUUGUGUCAGAACAGUGCUGAAUGUUCCUGAAGGGUCAUGUGCAAGUGCUGGCUUACAGGUGUGGGAGUUUGGGUGGCAUCUUUGUGAAACCACACAUUCUAGCCUACAGCUGUUGACAGAAGAAAACAAAUCAUGGAUGAGCUUUGAAUUUUAAUAAGAGGCUCAUCUAAUUUGAGAGAACCACUGCAUAGUUGUCUUCCUUAGCGAUCUUGAAACAUUCCUCCCGGGCUGAACCAGCUGGACACACACAGGAAAUACAGGGAGGACUGCUGCCAGAAUGACUGUGUUCUGAGAUUCUCUCUUCAUGGGGUUCACAAAGAUCAGCUGCAAUGUGAAUCGUACAUUUCAUGUUAUCAAGGAGCUAAAUUACAACCGAAUUCUACAGAUCAGUGGAAGCCAGCUUCUUUUGCUGACAAGCAUUUAAGCAGUGAAAUAAUUUUUUAAGGGAUUUAGCUUAAUAGGUGUUAUUUUCUGCAGCUCUGCUGGUGUAAGGCUUGAAGGGGGGGGACUAUAUAUUUUUCAAAUCACAAAGCA